AUGCUUCUUAAGCGGAGACACUUGAGCAAAGUACCACUCACCGUAUUGCCCGCAUGCGAUUGGAGUUUCACUGUGACCAGUCAGAGGAUGCAAAGUUCAAGAAGUAAAAUCACGUGUCUGAUGAUGGGCAUCAUCGGGAUCACGUGCACUUUGGCCCCACUUUGGCAACGCAGUGAUGAAUUCGCGUUUGGGGCAGCUGCCCGUUUCUCGGGAAGACAAACAUCGUUUGUGGUGCGCGGAUCAAUGAUAGUUAUGUUGUUACAAUUUUUCAUUUAUCUGGCCGCAGUCGUACUCGUCAUUGUUGGCAUGAUGCUUGAUUGGGAGGAUUCUGAUUUGGGUAUCCUAAUGUCAAUGAUUGGAACAUUUGCAAGUUUCUUAUCAACCGUCUCUUACGCCACCAGAAAGAACGUGUCUUCCCAGUCUCAAAGAGUUUACGUUCCGGAAGAUUGUGAAUGGUUAUUUGGCAGUAUCAUAGCCGGUCUGGCCACAGUGGUGAACUCAGUGACAAUUACCACGUCAACUACCACCACUACCACGAGUACCGAGGAGGAGACUGAUACAAAAAUUGGUGUCACUUCGUCAAACCCAGGUGAUGAAGAGGGGCAAAUUCGGAUCCACUAA